CCAGAACCUACAAAUAUUGCUGAUAACUUACCUGAAACAUCUGAAGUAGUUAAUGACACUGAGACGACACAGCAUGAAGGUCGCGUUAUCAAAGUCAAAAAAUCACAUAAAAAGCAAGAGCCAGUAUCGUCCGGGACUACAGAUAAUGUUCCACCCGAAACGAUAACUCAUGCUGAAGCAAGUUCCAACAGUGAAAAAAUUGUAAACAAUUCUCAUAGUGGCAUAAAAACUAGGCGAUCAAAAUCAAAAGAGAUUCAUCAGACUGAAUUAAAUUCAGAAAUCAUUAAUAACGUAGAUACUCCACAAAUUAACUCGGCAAUUGCUAGUGUUUCUAGUGACGUACCAUCUGUAAGUUUCAAAACAGGAAGUGUUGACAUUGCGACACCCUUGACAGAAAGUGUUACAAAUGACAGUAAUGUCUCGCCGAAAAUUUCUAAGCAGAAAAAGGCUACCAAAGAAGUAGCACCGGUCCAGCAAACUUUGACACCGAUAACCACUGCAUUGAAAAUAGAUACGAAUUUGGUCACCGUUACAAAUGAUAGCGUUCAGCCGAAAGUUGUAUCGCCUCUGUCACAAAACGCAGUACCAAACAACAUCACACGAGAAAUAAUUGAAGAAAAAUCUCCUGGAAAAAGCGUUCAGCCGAAGGUCGUGUCGCCACUGUCACAAAACGCAGUACCAAACAACAUCACACGAGAAACAAUUGAAGAAAAAUCUCCUGGAAAAAGCGUUCAGCCGAAGGUCGUAUCGCCACUGUCACACAACGCAGUACCAAACAACAUCACACGAGAAACAAUUGAUGAAAAAUCUCCUGGAAAAACUACAUCCGAAAGUCAUGAUUCUUUCAUGGAUUUAAAGGAUAAGAUCUCAAUUGAAGAAUUGCCACCACCUCCAAACGAUCCAACAAAGAAAUGCGUUCGCAUCAAGCUACCAAACGGCAAGACUUUCAAAGCUACUAUAUUCGGCAAGAUGCAUGUCAGUUUCGAGUCCAUAUUUUCAGAUCCAGCGCUCAAAUCGACUUUGCUGACAAACUUGAACGAAACUAAACGAUACACUGUGAAUAUAAAGCAAGUCUCGACGACUGCCAAAGACAACCCUAGGAAGAUUGUUGAAGCACACAUAGAAGAGGUCAAUAUACAAACCAGAGAGAAAGUACCCAUAGAAACUGUUAACUUAUUGAGCGAUGAUGAAGAGGACAACCAAUCCGGUAAGAUGCAGAUUUAUAAAACGGAGUUUGGCGAACACAAGGCAGUAGCCAUAGAUGUAAAUGACUACAAAAAGCAUCAAAACAAAUUAAAAACGAAAUGUUUUGUAAAACUAACCAAAUUGAAUGAACCUGAAUCAAGUAUUGGUAAUGAAGAACUCACUAACUUAUUGCCUCACGACUUGGAUGAGAUGGUAGAAGUGGGCAUUCUGGAUAAGAUUAUGGAACGUCCUAACACCAGCUCUUCUGAUGAAGAGCUUCCGCAACUUCUGCCUUGCGACUUAGAUGGGUUGGAAGUCGUGAAUAGUCCACAUAAAGUUGUGAAACCUCCUGUGACAAGUACUCCCAACGAAAAGCUGCCGAAUUUACCGAAAGUUACGCACGACUUUCGUGUUAUUGACAAAAUUAAGAGAUCCAUGGAUACUGCUGCUAAAGUAGAUUUACCGAAUGUAUUAAGCAGUCCUAUUGUAAUAGACGACGAUGAUAAGGAUGAACCUAUUGCGCCGCCCAUUCCAAUGGCUAAAGUACUAAUACCGGAUGUCAUAGAAAUUGACGAUUCUUCUAAUGACAGCAUAAAUGCUCCAGAAACUGACACAGUCAUUUCUGAAAAUGAAAUAAACAAGGUAGUUGAGACUGCAUUGCAACAACCAUUACCACAAAUACCUAGUUGCUCGAACGAAGCUCUUAAAAUUCAGGACGAAGAUAUAGACGAAUUGAAAAAGCUACUAUUAAAAGAUCUUGGCGUUGAUGUUUCUAAUGUAGAAGAUAAACAAGAAAACGCCGAGUCUUCUGAUGAACCUGCGGUGAUAGAAGAUUUAAAAGAAGACCAAAAAGCCCCAAUAGAAACUAAAGAAUGCUUCGUGAGGCUGGAAAACUGCGAUGCAUUAGCUGAAGAAUAUGAAAAGAAAAGAAUAAUCAAGCAAAAGGUUGUGGUUGAUCUCAUUAGAUGUGAUGAUUUUAUUUCCAUGUCAUCGGUUGAUGCUGCUGAAGAUAAUGAUUCCGUAGAAAAUUGUUCAGAUGAUUUAAUAGAUUUAGAAGCUGUAGAUGCUAAUAGUAGUUUUAAUUCUGAUUCUGAACCUAGGAGGAGAUCUAGAAGUGGGUCAUUCUCCUUAUUAGAAACAUUCCCAGAUUAUAUUGACGAAAAAGUUGAGUCAUCUUGUGAAUAUGGCAGGAGUUCGCCUGUAAUGGAUGUUUUUGACACCAUAGCUGCUUUGAAAAAAUUGCAACACUCAACAACGAAUGAUUUAAAUGAAAAGUUGGAUGAGAUGUCUUCUGACAUCUAUGAACAUGACAGAUCUUCACCCGUGAUGGAGGUUUUCGAAACGAUUGCAUCUUAUCGAAGACUUCUCGACGCAACAUCUACUAAAGACAUGGUUCUAGAAAAAUUGGAUUGUUGCUGUGAAUGGUACAUUACAAAGCGUGAUCUACACUUGGCCGGUGAAAGAAUUGCAGCUAUUGUAAUCAAAUAUUCAGAUAUCUCUGCUGAGACUGGAGAUAAUUCGCUUGCUACGAUUCCCGAGACUUCCACUCCCGUCGAUCAAUCUUCUGAGCUGACUACAGAAGUUGUUCCAACGCUGAAGACGCUUACUGCAAAAUUGUUCUUAACUGAUCAAAUUCUAAACCGACUAAGGCCUUACAGCUUAAAAAGGAAACUACGCAAUGCUGAUGAUAGGGGUGUUGCCAAUAAAUUAUUGAAGGUUGUGAUUAACAUUCCAUCAAAAUUAAGCGAAUGUAUUGAUGUAUCUAAGGGUACCAUUACUAGUAAGGCUCCAGAUGACAAUACUAACCUGCUUGUACCGCCGCAAGGUGUUCAAAAGUCAAAAGAAGUUGAGUCUGAUUUACACGAUGAUAGCCUAAUAGACACAGAAGAGUCGGCUCAAGAUCACUGCCAACCUGCAGUUCAAUUAUUAGAAAAUGUCGUUGAAGACCAAACAAAUUACUUAAAGGAUAUCGAGUUCGAAGAAACAGCAAGUGACUUAAUUGUCGACCACAAUCUUGAUUCAUCUGAAAACAUUGAUAAUACAGUUCAUCAAGACGAAGAACACAAGACUGAAAAGUUAUUUGAUGACAUCCAAAAGGAUCAUUCAACAAAUGACGACCUAAUCAAUGACUUAAUUAGAGAAAUAAAUGCUUCAGACGUAAAAAAUAUCGAAAGGGUCAGUGAAAAUGUACAAGUAGAUUACGAAGCGACUGAAACUACACACAAUGAUGUUGACGACACGUCAGAUAUUUCGAUAUCUUUGCUUGAUGAAGUAGUGAAUUUGGAUAAUAAUAGUGAGAUUGAAGUCAAAAAUUGUAGUGAAAAUCAACGAGUAGAUGUCUCAGAAACUGUUUGCCAAGAAGAGGAUUUGAAAAGUGAGAACACAAAUAAAGAUGGCGAAAAUAUUUGUGACAGUCAAAUGUCCAGUACUGAAGAAGUUGGUCAAAAGUAUGCUGAGGAAUUGCCAAAUGAUUCAGAAACUUUGAUCAAUGGAAUUACGAUCUCGAAAACUGGCAUUGAGGCAGAAAGUAAUGAUACAGAAAAUGACAAAGAAAAUCAACGAGUGUUUGGUACACAAAAUUACAUUGAUAACUUACCUGACGUCACAGAAACUGUAUGCGAUGAAACAACAAACUCGAAAGACGAGACUGGCUUGAAAAAUGAAGAAAUACUCAGUGAAAUCCAUACAGUAGAUUCUGAACAAACUGUAGAAACACAAACUUAUGUUAAUCAGGUGCUGGCUGUUUCAGAAACAAUGAAUGAAAUUAGCGACGAAGUAGUUGAUAUCAAAAAUAAUGAGGAGAACCUAUCAGAUACCCACGAAAUUACACCAAUACAUGAUUGCGAUAGUCCAGAUUCCCAAAUAUCUAAUUUGGAUUGUCAAGAAAUCACACCAUCCAACACUGAAAUGGAAAUUCAGGCCGCUGAUGCUAACAAAUCUACUCCAAUUGAAGACGAGAAUACACCUGAUCCUGAAGAAGUGUGCGUUGAAAUUCCAAAAACUGAUAAUGAAAUUGAACAAAAUUUGGCAGAAGAGCAACACAUUGUAGAACCGAUGCAAGUUUUGAAUGAAACUGAAGAAAUAUCCAAGAAAACCCACACACCAAAACAUCUUGAAGAAAUGCCUGACGAGCCAGAAACUUCACGUGUAGAAACGGUUGAUACAAAUGAAGUUUCAGAAGCUGCAGGCGAUGAUAAAAUUGCCCCGACAACUGAUAAUUAUCGAAUGAAUCGAUCGAUCGAACCUGUUCAAGCGUAUGUCGAGGAAACAACGAUAUCAACGGAUUGUAGUUUCGAAGAAAGUCAUUCAACUGGUAACGAAAUAGUUCAAAUACCAAAUUGUGAUGGAAAGACACAAGAAACUUCAAACUCUGCCAAUAUUGUGGAAGACCAAAAUGAAACGCCAAAAGUAGAAUCAAUGAUUGUUUGCGAAGGAGUAGAUUCUAAAGUUGUAUGUGAAAAUCAUCCCAUCGAUUCUCAAGAAGUUGUUCAAACAUUUACAGAUAGUAUUCCAGAGCCAUUACAAAUAUCUAAAACUGUUAUUGACGAAAUAGUUGACUUAAUAGUUAGUCAGGAAAAUCAUCAAACUGAUUGUAACCUCAUGAAUGACACACAAGAACAGAUUGUAGAAGUGUCUGAAUCGCCAUAUUCGGUGUCGGAAGAGUCCUCUGAAAUAUGCAAAGAAACUAUUGAUUUACCUUCUGAGAAUGAAGAUUUGGAAAUUAAUUCCAAUAAUAAUACGCCAGAUCAUGAUGAGACCUUGCCUGAAGUUCUACUAAAAAAUUGUGACAGUAAUACAGAAUCAAAUACCGAACUGGUUCUUAACGACGUUCUCAGUCAAAAUAACAACGAAUUAAAUAACACAAAUGAAAUAUCACAACAAACAUCUUGUGAAAUGAUUAAAACAAAUCUAGGUGAAUGCAAUAAGAACCAAAUCCAGCAAGGUAAUGAUUGUGAUUUAAGCGUUAGUACAACCGACGUCACCGAGAUUGUGAGCAUGGAUCAAUUGCCUGAUGGGGACGUUAGCACACUACUACAGGAUAAUAACAGCCAAGAGCUUUGCGUAAGUGUUAGUGAGACGAGUUGUGAUAAUAAUACUGAAAAUGUUGACGCUGAACUUAGAAAUAGAAAGGUAGAAGAGGAUAUUGCGUCUGAAAAACUAACGGAAAGCUCAAUGGAAGAAGAUACUAAAAGGCCUGAUGAACUUUCAAACGAUCUAAAACUAGCUUUACCUGGAGAGAAUGAGAGGCAAGAGACUUUCGACAAUCAUGGUGAAAUAAACAUUGAAGUUGAAAUACCGGGUAAAGAUACUCAUGGUCUACCUGAUAAGCAAGAUACAUGUGCCCCAACACCUCCCAUUAGCUUCGAGUACCAAAUUGAAGUUGAACACGAUUCUGAAGAAUCUUUAGACAACAGUUCUAUAGUGAAUGAGCCUAACAGAAUUAGCCCUGUCAUAUUGAACAACUCGGAUGUCGAAAAAGAAAUUGUUAUUAGUGACGUAGAUGCUAAUGCCGAUGCAAACGAUACUCAAGAUUCUAUUAUCUUGCCACAAAUGAUAACUAUAGAAGAUGUAAGCAGAAUAACCAAAGCAGAAGAAGUGAAUAGCCCGUAUUCACAAAGUACUGAUGCCAAAGAUGAGAGCGAAACUGAAUGUGAUUACGACAAGACACAAAACAUACAACUUUUAGAUCACGGCUAUGCCUUCAUUGAUUCGCCUUUUAACAGAGAAUGUACAACGGUCAUUGAGACAGAAGUUUCUGAAUUUUGUGACAUAAGCCCAAUACAUAGCGAUGACGAAAAAGAUAAUAACGAAGUCAUUCUAAAUGGCAUAGAAUACGAAUUUCCAGAUGUAGGCACCUGCUAUGUUUUCCCCAUUGCCGAAUCUAGUGCAUCUUAUGACAGCGAUAUUUAUAAUGACAGCCCGGAAGAAAUAAUCCAAGUAACACAAGAAAUUUGUGAAGAUGGCACUGUUGACAACGUGAUAGAAACUAAAGAAAUUGCCGUCGAAGAACCAUUCCUCAAACUGAUCAUACCUAAACAUACGUACUCCAAUAUGUCCAGGAAGGACUCCAAAUUGUUCAAAAGAUCACUCAAGCGCAAAAUUGAUAUGUCAGACAUUAGAAUCGGCAGGAAAAGAUAUAGAAAAUCCAAAAAUAUUGAUUACCCAAGGACCACCGCUUCGGCCAUUUUAGAUACGGCUUACAGCAGAGAGUACAAGGGAGUAUUUGAUUACUGCAGCUCGUUAAAGUUUUCAUAUUCGCAGCCGUUUCACAAAGAGUUUGUAGAUGUUGAGGAGAUUGUAAAAGAUUGGCCUCUAAAAGGAGAAUGCGUAAGUGAUUUUCAAGAUCAAAUUGAGAGCAACGAUCUACUGUUUUGUGAUUUGGAUAUCCAACAAUAUGAUUUCACAUUAGACCCAAUGCAACAAACACUGGCUGAAGAACUAUCCGCAGAAUACACAGAAUCGGAUCUGCCCAAUAGUAGUGUCACCGAAACCAAUUUCAAUAUGGGUUUUGGUGAGAGGUCCGACAGAGUCAUACAAAAUUUGGAAGAUGUAGGUGACGAUUCAAAAUUUUCGGCUGCGACUCUGUCGGACGUAAAACAACCUCAGCCGUUUUUACUGUCCGAAGAUUAUGAAACCAAUCAAAUAGAAACCAGUAAUACAACAAGAGAAGAACAAAUAAAACAGUUAAGGCGUUAUAUCACUUACAUUGAAAUGAGAGAAAAAGUGCGGUCGUUCUUCAAGAAAACAACAGCUGAAUUGAAAUAUGAUUGGCUGAAGAAAGACAAGAAGUUGGAUAAUGCUGAUGGCAGGGAGCUGACAAGUUUUCCAUUUGAGCUUUAUAAUGCGACAGAUUUUUUGGAGAUACCCCCAGUUAAUGUGUCUGUACAAGUUGUUCAAGUGGGACAGCUGCCAGUUAGUGCUGCAGCUCAAAAUCCGGUGACUUGCGACCCUCGGGUCACUCAAGUGUCAGACGCCAGUCCCCCACAAUGCUCUGCAGAAAAUAGCCCUCAAGAUGAUCAGCCAACGAUCAAAACGGAAUACACAGAAUUGACUACGGCGGAAUUGACUUUACCUUUAAUGCAAAACUACGCGGCGGAACAUGACCAUGACCGUGUUCCACAUCUCUCGACUCUGGAAAAUAUUCCGAUCGAAACUGAAAUUAAGAUAGAGCUAAUGGAAGAAACAGAAGUGAAGGAAGAACAAUGUGACACGUAUGAUAACAACCACUCUCCGAGUAUGGACAAUCAAUAUUUAAACGACGUGGAUUACUCUUUUGCUCCUCAUGCUCCUAAUGCCACUCCUGUUUUGCAGACUGAUCAGGACUAUCAAGCUUUUUAUAAUUCAAAGCAUAAUACAUACCCAACUCAAUUGCAGUACCCAACACCAGUGCAACCGACACUACAAGAACUCGCAACACAACCAGAAUACCCGCAGCAAGAAUACCCGAUCAGAGAAGAAUACCGAACUCAACAAGAAUUCUCAACACAAGGGGAAUACACAACAAAAGAAGAAUACCCAACACAAGAUGAGUAUCCGACUCAAGAAGAAUACCCACCACAGACCGAAUACCCGCCACAAGUAGAAUACCAGCCACAUGAAGAAUACCGGCCGCAAGAAGAAUACCGGCCGCAAGAAGAAUACCGGCCGCAAGAAGAAUACCGGCCGCAGGAAGAAUACCGGCCACAAGAAGAAUAUCGUUCACAAGAAGAAUACCGUUCACAAGUAGAAUAUCCGCCACAAGAACAAUACCCGACACCAGAAGAAUAUUCGUCAGAAGAAAAAUACCCCCAGCAAGAAGAAUACGCGCCACAAGAAGAAUAUCCGCCACAGGAAAAAUUCUCGCCUCAAGAAGAAUAUCCAACGCAAGAAAAAUACGCCACAAACGAUGACUACUCGCCACGAGAUAAAUACCCAACACCAGAAGAAUAUCCUACGCCAGAAGAAUAUACUACACAAGAAGAAUUAUCAGAAGAACAGGAUUAUUCAAUACAAAAUUACGCAAGGAAAGAAAAUUACUCUACAAAACAAGAUUACUCUACAAAACAGGAUUACUCUACAAUACAGGAUUACUCUACAAAACAGGAUUACUCAACAAGACAAGAUUAUUCAAUACAACAAGAACCACCAACCCAGGAAAAAUAUUCAACACAACAAGAAAACCAAACACAAAAAGAACCGGAAUUACAACAAGAAAUGUCAACACAAGACCAACCAACGCAAAAAGAUAAUUCAACGUCACAAGAACAACCUAUACAAGAACAUCCAGCGCAAGAAGAAAACCCAAUACAAGAACAACCAAAGCAACAAAAUAGUUUGCCUGAGAAGACAGACCAAAUUGCGUGUGCUAUGAGUGCAGCGGGUAUUAGUGCCACAGCUGAGACUAUUGCGAAUACAAGAGCUCAAGCCUUAGUUAAUAUUCUAUCACAAAAGUUGACUACAAAUAACUUCGCUAAAGCGACACCUAUAAGCGCAGUAGCAUUACAGCAGGCCUUGGCGCAAAUCCUGCCACCGCCAUUAAAUCAGACAAAUUCCACUGAAAAUAAUCAGCAAAACCAAAACGCGUCGGCCACUCCACAAGUGUUACACAUCGUGCAAGGGAAAAACGCUUCUGGAAACCAAAUUACUUUAGUUGAUAACUCACAACCAUCAGUUAUCAAUGGACCCAACGCUACGCCUGUGUUACACAUCGUGCAAAAUAAGUCUGCUACUACUGGUGCUACUUCUAACGGUGCUACUACACAACAAACUAAUUCCUUCAGCGGCAUAUCCCUUGUAGACGCGGGCUUACAACAAGGCGGCAACCAACUACUCCAUAUUGUUAAUACAGGGAAUCAAAAGAACAGCAAUGCAACUGGACAACUUUUGAAGAGAGUAAACUUGUUGACAAACCUCGCGAAUGUCCAGGGUUCCAAUGAACAGAAAAUGGUACAGUUCGUGUGUAAAGACGGCAAAGCUAUUCAGCUGAAUGCGCCUCAUCAGCGAAGCAUGGUGCUAAGACUGCAACCAAUAGAAACUCCAAAUGUUCAAAACAAUGUUCAAAAUACACCUAAACCAGCUGAGAACCAGGACUUGAGUCCCACUUCUGCCGAUGCGAAUCAAGAAAUUAAGUCACGCUCGGUAUAUGAAGAAAACUACGCCCAAUUCAUUCAGAACUCCUCUACUAAAACCACAGUACCGGAAAAAUCUACCAGCCUGCCGAAAUUUAAUCAAGCCUUUGGAAAACCAGUGUUCCAAGAUGGCAGCGAAAAACCAAACGAUAUAAAUGCUAACAAUACUCAUUUAUCCGUGAACACAAAUUCCGAAGGCGAAUGCCAGUCAUCAGAAAAUGCCAUGAAUCUUGAUCAUAUUGGCCAGAUCGGCAGUCCACCAUUGUUGUUACGAAAAUCCGCGCCAACAUCUCAGCCACAAGCGAACUUAGUUCAACAAAUAAAACAGUCGAUGACUCCAGUUAACUUGCAAACAAUGCACGGAGGAGUGAUAUACACCAGACAAAUUCCCGUUAACAUCGGCGGGGGACAGACUAUCAAUUUAAUUACCGUACCGAGUACUGAAUUAGUUGAUGAGUCUGGUCAAAAACAGCAGCAAGCAAGCACUCAAAAUGAAAUGGAGUCGCCGAUCAUAAAAAUUGUGCCUCAAAAAGCAUCUGGCAGCGAGGGAUCUUCUGAAGAUGGGAACGCGCAAAUGAAUGGGCAAAAUGAAAGUAAUCCAAAUCCACAACCUCAACCACAGCCGGUUUUAACUCAAAUGCGUAUAAAGCUCCCGAUGCUCAGCAAGACGCCGCAAAUGGUGUCCGGGGGGAGAGUAGUAAGACCGUCCUUUUUCCAGAUACAAAGGAACGUGAUUGGGGGCGCUAACCAACCUGUUUAUCAGCAGCUAGUAUUGACAGCUGCCCCUCCGCUUGGCCAAACUAUCAGGCUUCCGCAAACUCAGACAAGCCGACAAGUCAAAGUUCCGAAUGAAAACCAGUCAUCACCGGAAUCGCAGAUGAGUUCGUCUACUCUGGAGCAGCUGAGAGAAUUCGACAUGGUUCUAGAGCAAGUGAAAGAGAGAAGCAGUGUUCCUCCGAACUCAAACUCGAGUAAUACGUUUCCCAAAAUGCACACACCACAGACUUCGGAUACAACUGACGGUUCAUCAUCUGCGAGCUCAUCAUCACCAACAGAGGCUACGCAACAGGUGUUAUAUUCGAUUGGCAACAACCACCAGCAAUUGAAUGUAGCAUACGUUAAUCGAAAAGCAUCUGCAUCGACACCAAGCACAUCUUAUGUCAGAUCACCGGACUCAUCUGGGAUCGUGGACUCUCCCACAUCUUCGACUCACUCUCAAAUACCACACACGGUGACGUCAGAACCAUCACACUCCGAAACACCACCUCAACCAAAGCCGAAAAGUUCAAAAUCAAAAUCGCGGCCUAAAGCGUCUUCCCAUCCGCCUAAUACAAUGAAGAUUACCGUUCCACCGAAAACAUCUACUCAGAAACCGCUCGAAGACGAACAAACUACACAAAGGAUACUUUAUAUUUUGGCAGAGUAUAAAGAGCAAGUGGAGAAUUCGCCUGAUAAAGAUAAACCAGCACCGCGGAGGAGGACAAACCCUCCUUCGAAUCCCUCUGGUUCUCACAAGCGCAAGAAGAGUUCAAGUGGAUCAAGACGCCACGGUCGUGAGCUCAGCCCGAUCGGAGACGAUACGUGUAGAACAAUGGGCUCCGAAGACAGCAGCUGUGGCACGUCUCAAGGAGACUGCAACGAGAGCUGCUUAGAUAGCCAUUCGCCUCAAGAUAGUCCGCGGAAAGUGGUCCGCAAACUGACGUUCGAGCACGAGAUUCCUCCGCAACAACAACCGCGGCCGCAGCCGCAGCGAAACGUCAUCGUCGCUGACGGCCAGACGAUCACCGUAGCGCGUGGUACAGCAGGAAAACCAGCGACAGCCGUUCUGAUGCCAGCGAAUUAUAUCUUACCAGUGUCUAUGGUCAAAGGGGGUCAACAGAUCGCUAUAGUCACGAACCGCGGACCGAAGUUGCUGACUGUUAGCGGGGGUGAAGGUGGGGCUACAAAUGCGCUUUUGCUGCAACGGCUGAUUGGCCCGGCUGGGUUGAAACCUGUUUUAACCAGGCCGGGAGUUCGUCAUGUCAGGCUACCGACAGCAGCGCUGCAUAACCUUCAAGCUUUCAACUUGGCUACUGCUACGGCUGCCCAGCCUCCCGAUAGCACCGCGUCACCGGCGCCGGCGCCGACUCCUCCCGAACUAGUGGACACUCGGGCGAACAGUUCGCCGUGGACUGACCGGGACGGGAGCGACGUGAAGCCGGAGCGAGGUUCGAGCCCGGAAGGGUCAGAACCGUGGCACCUGCCCACUGGUGAACCCCACGACUAUUCGUAUGAAGAUACAGUUCGGGCGGACAACCUCGGAAGGACAGUGCUUGUGGUGCAGAGGAGAGACGGGACCAGACAACACCGGCUCACCCACGUCUCAGCCGCCGCGUUGAGGCACAAAUACGCUAUACUGGAGCACGAAUUGAGGCUACAGAAAUCACUAUCGGAGGAGUGCGAAGACUUAGGUGUGGACUCGCCGUCUGCGUCGGAACUGUUCCCUGAAGCGGAGUUGCUGUUCGCCGCGUCGCCUGCGCACGAUCACAACCAAGAGCAGGGGCAUCAUUCGCACACACCUCAACCAAACCACAUCCAAGCUAGCAUCCCGCAACCAGACAUGGACGACCAGAUAGCCACCGACCAGUUACUAUCCCGGGAGGAUAUCCCGGACGACCAGCAGGAGAUUCCGAUAGGCUUGGAGGAUGUGGUGGGGACGCCCUUACCAGCGCCUCUGGACGCGGAGGAGUUUGCUAGGGCACACCCUAAUACGACUUUCCACAGUGAGCCGACGGAUGAUGGCGAGGUACAGCAAUUCACGAUAAGCGGGCUGAAGGCGCGUCACAUAACGUCCACGAUAUUCCACGCCACACGCGCGCCAGCCACCGUUCUUAUGGCGGCUCCUCAGACCACCGUCAUAUCCCAAGCGCCGCCUGACGCUGCUCACACCGUCAAGUAUGAUACUUUAGACAACAUGAUACAUACCAUACCUUCCCACAAUGGGAAUAUCAACCUAUCCUCGGUCCUCGUCAAAGAUGAAGGCCUUACCAGGUUUGAUCUACUUAACGACACGAGAGAACUACACCUGUCGAAUACAGCGUCAACAAUAGUACACUCUGCGGGCAACGCGACGCAAGUCAUCAGGCGAGUGUGCUACGAAGACGACAAACGAUUCCUCAUGGAUGAACCUGAAGCUUUGAUAGCUGGAGAUGACGCAAAGAUGAUCGGAGAAGACAGCCGCGACGAGACUCUGCAGUCGAUGGCGGAUGUAGAAGAUGAUAGGUCCUCGCCGGAACGCCACGCGGAAUUGUUUUGGGAGUCGAAUUCCGCGUCAGAACGGUCAGACGGCAGGCGGCCUCUCGACUUUAGUAGUGACAGCGAGAAAUGCUGCAAGAGUCCGUCGUAUGAUGAGACUAAUUCAACCGAUUCCAGCGGAGUCGGCACCCAUAUGAGAUUGGAUUCGGUCAUCAAAGACGCGAGGGGAAUGGAACGCACUGGCAGCGCUGACGGGUCCUCCGCUGAUGAUAACCACCCGCCGCUUCGCACGUACCCGCCUAAAAGAACUUACCAUCCAAUCGACGGGGAUAUGGAGCGCAGCCUGUCCGGGAAAACCCGGGCUGGGGAAAGAUCUCCGGGCGACCCGGACAGCCGGCGUCGAGCGUCCGGACGCGGCGUGGUCAAGCGCGGCUGCCAUUGCUGCAACGGCUCCCCUGCCCCCUCCCGCCCCAAGAAAUCGCGACAGCGAAAACCAACCAUUGACUUCACGACGAAUUAAGACUUAAUCCCCCUUAUUACAAAAAGUUAGACUCGGUUUUAACCCUGGUUUAAAUUGCCAUUCAGUAUGGAAAUAACAUUUUAAACCAGAGUUCCGUUCGUCCCGGGAACUUUUUUGUAAUAAGGCCCUAUGUGAUCUAUUUGUACUUCGGGCGCCAGACGCCCCCCAGACUGAACUGCGAUCUCUUUACUGAUGAGGUUACACUUCUUUAGGUAAUAAAAUUGUUGAAAUUGUUUUGUAUAUAAUUUUAUAUGUAACUACCGGUAGCUAAGUUCGCGUCGGAUACUAUGCGAUGUAUUUUGUUAAUGUUUACUUACGUUCGAGUUAGUAGUUCCUUUUAGGUGUUAUUUUUCGCUAAGUUUUUACUAAAGUGUCACCUAUGAGUUCAAAUUUGUUUCUUGCGGAUCGAGAUAAGUUUUUUAAUGAUUGUUAAAACUUUACUUCUUGUAAUAUAUCCAUAUACAUAUUGUAUUGAUAUGUAACUGUAUAAAAAUGUAUUUCUAUAGGUUACCUCCAUUAUAGAAGUAAGCGUUUCCGUUAGUGAAUACAGGCCAUACUCAAAUGUGAAUUUAAUCGUCUUUUAGCGGUAUAGUGAUAAUGUAUUUAGUUGAAUCAUAGCUCUUCAUAUAAAUGAUGCUAGACUGAUGUUGUCGUUCGGUUAGCGUAGCCACGCGUUGGGCGCCAACGUUUUGUACUUGUUUCGUUUUGGUACUGUAUUAACGCUUAGCUUUAGUUGGUAAGCAACUUCCACGAGAACUGCACAAAUUGAAAGAUUCAAAGACGACGGGAGCUUUAAAGUUUAAACUUCAUGCGUGUUAUUUUUGAGAUUUCCUUUUUGGUAAACAUUAUUCGUGGUAAUAUCCGUGCCAAUGCGAGUUUGUCGCGGUUUUCUGCGCUUGUUCCAAAGGGCGUUGUCGCUAUAUUAUUAUAUAAAUUAUUAACAUUUUAUAGUAGCGAUGUGUUAAGCUAGUGUGAAUUUGAUAUCCAUGUAAAUAUACUUCGUCCCCGCGUUGUUCAAGGGGGUCUCUAGUCACUAUAGUACCGAUAUAAUAGUGUUUAUCUACGAUACCGAGGAGCCCAGUGGUGUACUUUUGCCCACGGCUUUGUUUGGCUCUGAGCCGUAUACAGUUUAUUUCACGCAGUAUUUUAUCGCUUAUGUAUAUAAAAUGCCCAUGUAUCGAUUCACGUCGCGACAUUUAUCAGCGAAAAUCUAAUUUCGCGGUUAAGGGCGACUCAUUCCGAAUUGUAUAUAGAGAGAGGGGUGUUUAAAAUUAGUGAAUUUAGUGGGCGGACGUAUUAUAGUGAAAAUUGUAACUGAAAUGCACUCAAUGGGUUGGCGAAUAAACAAUAUUUCAGAAAUUCAUGUAGCUGUAAGAUAGGAGUAUUAGGGAAAGAAGACGAAGGCACUAAUCAAUCCAGUGUAAUGAUUAUUGUAUUUUAUCGACAACUCGAUGUAAAUCGUUCCGUUUUGGAUAGUAAUUUUCUGCCAUCUUUUAACGUAAGAUUCAAUUUUUAUAUAAUCCAAUAUGAUGUUGUUAUUGUUCGAAACGUUGUAGGUGAAUUUACCUCCGAUAUUACUAUCAAACAUACAGUAUUCAAUGCGUUUUUGUUAAACUUUUCACUUAGAACUUAUUAGCUGUAAAGAAAACUAAUCUUUAGGAAGUUUCAUCAUUAUUUUUUUUAUUAAUUGAACCUGAUGUUUUCUUGUUUAUGUAAACUUAUUUUUAAAACUGCUGCAGACGAAAAUGAUCAUUAAAAUGUAUCUUUUAAAAAGUCCUAUGUUUUUAUUUAUAUGUUCACUAAUUAGUUUCCUUCGUUGCCGGGCUCAGUCCGGCAUCGUUUGUCUUGUUGGUUUUUGCGGGUAGAUAUAAUAUUCUUGUAAAUAUACACACUUGUAGUUUAAAUAUUGAAUUUAAAAAUUGUAUGAGAAACACGUGAUGUUCUGGAUAAUAAAUGAUACAAGAAUAUAAACAA